GGACAUUCUGGUGCGCACGCUCUGUACAGUGCUCACGUUCUUCCUCUCUCACAGUCACACAAGGAAGAUUUUUACUGACCUGGGAUGUUAAGAUCUGCAAUUGGAGUUCGACUCUGGGGCCAUACAUCUCUCUGGAUUCUUUCCACAGGAACUGUGCAUUCCUAUAAGACGAGAUUGUUGUCUAGUUUCUCCAACAGGUCACAUCAGUCAGGCAAUAUGAAUGUAAUUACAAAAAGACAUGGAACAAUUUUAACAAUCGGCAUUAACAGACCUGAAGCCAGAAAUGCUGUAAAUCCUGAGACUGCAUCGCAGCUUGUCCAUGCAUUUGAAGAAUUUGAGAAGGACCCGUCUCUAACAGCGGCUGUUCUCCAUGGAUUGGGGGGCAAUUUCUGUGCUGGUUUUGAUUUGAAAGAGGUGGCCAACAAUGCAGCUUCUCUAAAGAUAGAGCAGGAUGUUGCUAGUGGACCUGGACCCAUGGGACCUUCUAGGAUGCAGUUUUCUAAACCAGUCAUUGCUGCUGUUAGCGGCUAUUGCGUGGCUGGAGGUCUAGAACUGUCUCUACUAGCUGACCUGCGAGUUGUGGAGGAAAGUGCAACAUUUGGAGUAUUUUGCAGACGUUUUGGUGUUCCACUAAUCGAUGGGGGAACAGUGAGGUUGCCACAGUUAAUUGGGCUUUCCAGAGCUCUGGAUCUCAUUCUUACAGGAAGGCCAGUAAAAGCCCAAGAAGCAUAUGCUUUUGGACUAGCCAAUCGGGUGGUUCCUGAUGGACAGGGUCUUCAGAGUGCUAUUGAGUUAGCAGAACAUAUCUCUGCCUUCCCUCAGAAAUGCAUGCGUAGUGACCGAGCAUCUGCCUAUUACAGCACAUUUGAUACCACCAGCUUCAGAGAUGCGAUGCAGUUUGAAUUCGACCAUGGAGCAGAAGUUCUGGUGGAAGAGUCGGUUGCAGGCGCAAGCAGGUUCGCUGCUGGUGAAGGGAGGAAAGGGAAGUUAUAGGUACUCUGGAUUCUUGAUUCAUGAGGAUGAAGGCUUUUGUAACCUACAUUUAUAAACUCCUUGACACUAACAGUUGGUAUAUGUAGUCUUUUUACAUAAUUGUACUUAUGCCCAAUAUACCGUACAAGGUGCGUAAGAUAGAAAUUUGUGUAGAACAUUAGGAAUCCAUUGUGUCUGGUUCAAGGCUUUAAGUUGAGCUCUGAAGAACCUGUGCGUGAAUAUUGGGCUAUCCUAAUUAUACACAAAGUAAAAUGUCCCAAGAUGAACACAUUUAAAGAAUCCAUACAAAAUUUUGAUGACAUUAUACUGCGGCCAAGGGAUGGAUCCCUAUUGUGAUUGGUUUCCUAUUGUAUUCAAUGCUAUAGAUACACAAUAAAGUUAAUUAAGACUCAAA